AUGCAAUCCUUUCCUGCAAUAUUGUGGUUGUUUUGCACGUUGCAAAAUGUUGAUUCGUCACGAAUUCUGUUUGUUGUGAUGCAUUCAUCAAGAAGUCACAUCGGAAGUAUGUUACCAAUGGCUAUGACACUAUCAGAAGCCGGUCACGAUGUACAUUUCAUGCAAACCACACAAUUCGAUGAACCUUUCAAAUUCCCUGGUUCAAUCAAGAAUCACUUUAUCAAGGUGAAUAUCUCUCAUGUCGUCCACCUGCAAGAGGCUUGGCAAUAUCUCUACAAUCCAACC